UCUGUUCUCAGUAUUCUAGAGGAGUAUUUGCCAUUUUUGGACUCUAUGAUAAGAGGUCAGUACAUACUUUGACCUCGUUCUGCAGCGCCUUACACAUCUCCCUCAUCACACCAAGUUUUCCCACUGAGGGGGAGAGCCAGUUCGUGCUGCAGCUACGGCCUUCUCUGCGAGGCGCCCUCCUGAGCCUGCUGGAUCACUAUGAAUGGAACUGUUUUGUCUUCCUAUAUGACACAGACAGGGGAUACUCAAUACUUCAAGCAAUUAUGGAAAAAGCAGGACAAAAUGGUUGGCAUGUCAGUGCUAUAUGUGUGGAAAAUUUUAAUGAUGUCAGCUAUAGACAACUUCUAGAAGAACUUGAUAGAAGACAAGAGAAGAAAUUUGUAAUUGACUGUGAGAUAGAAAGGCUUCAAAACAUAUUAGAACAGAUUGUGAGUGUUGGAAAGCAUGUUAAAGGUUACCAUUAUAUCAUUGCAAAUUUGGGAUUCAAGGAUAUUUCCCUUGAAAGGUUUAUACAUGGUGGAGCCAAUGUUACAGGAUUCCAAUUGGUGGAUUUUAAUACACCUAUGGUAACUAAACUAAUGGAUCGCUGGAAGAAGCUAGAUCAGAGAGAAUACCCAGGAUCUGAGACUCCUCCAAAGUAUACCUCUGCUCUGACUUAUGAUGGAGUCCUGGUGAUGGCUGAAACAUUCCGAAGUCUGAGAAGGCAGAAAAUCGACAUUUCAAGAAGAGGAAAUGCUGGGGAUUGUCUGGCAAACCCUGCUGCUCCGUGGGGUCAGGGAAUUGACAUGGAGAGGACGCUCAAACAGGUUCGAAUUCAAGGGCUGACUGGAAAUGUUCAGUUUGACCACUAUGGACGAAGAGUCAAUUACACAAUGGAUGUGUUUGAGCUAAAGAACACAGGACCUCGAAAGGUUGGUUACUGGAAUGACAUGGAUAAAUUAGUCUUGAUUCAAGAUGUACCCACUCUUGGCAAUGACACAGCAGCUAUUGAGAACAGAACAGUAGUUGUAACCACAAUUAUGGAAUCCCCAUAUGUUAUGUACAAGAAAAAUCACGAAAUGUUUGAAGGCAAUGACAAGUAUGAAGGCUACUGUGUAGAUCUGGCAUCUGAAAUUGCAAAACAUAUUGGUAUCAAGUAUAAAAUUGCCAUUGUUCCUGAUGGAAAAUAUGGAGCAAGGGAUGCAGACACAAAAAUCUGGAAUGGCAUGGUAGGAGAACUUGUUUACGGGAAAGCAGAGAUUGCUAUUGCCCCUCUGACAAUCACCUUAGUGAGAGAGGAGGUUAUUGACUUCUCUAAGCCCUUCAUGAGUUUGGGCAUAUCUAUCAUGAUCAAAAAGCCUCAGAAAUCAAAACCAGGAGUGUUUUCCUUCUUGGAUCCUCUGGCCUAUGAGAUAUGGAUGUGCAUCGUCUUUGCCUACAUUGGCGUCAGUGUGGUCUUGUUCCUAGUUAGUAGGUUUAGUCCGUAUGAGUGGCACACGGAAGAACCAGAGGAUGGAAAGGAGGGGCCUAGCGACCAGCCUCCCAACGAGUUUGGUAUAUUUAACAGCCUCUGGUUUUCCCUGGGUGCUUUUAUGCAACAAGGAUGUGACAUUUCACCCAGAUCCCUCUCAGGUCGAAUUGUUGGAGGUGUUUGGUGGUUCUUUACACUCAUCAUUAUAUCAUCUUACACUGCUAACCUGGCUGCCUUCCUGACGGUUGAGCGAAUGGUCUCACCCAUAGAAAGUGCAGAAGACCUGGCCAAACAAACAGAAAUUGCCUAUGGAACACUGGAUUCGGGGUCAACAAAAGAAUUCUUCAGAAGAUCAAAAAUAGCAGUGUAUGAAAAGAUGUGGACCUACAUGCGAUCAGCAGAGCCAUCAGUUUUCACUAGGACUACAGCUGAGGGAGUAGCUCGUGUCCGCAAAUCCAAGGGCAAAUUUGCCUUUCUCCUGGAGUCCACUAUGAAUGAAUACAUUGAGCAACGAAAGCCAUGUGACACGAUGAAAGUGGGAGGAAAUCUGGAUUCCAAAGGCUAUGGAGUAGCAACGCCCAAGGGUUCCUCAUUAAGAAAUGCUGUUAACCUCGCAGUUUUAAAACUGAAUGAACAAGGCCUCUUGGACAAAUUGAAAAACAAAUGGUGGUACGACAAAGGAGAAUGUGGCAGCGGGGGAGGUGACUCCAAGGACAAGACGAGCGCCUUGAGCCUGAGCAACGUAGCAGGCGUCUUCUACAUUCUGGUUGGCGGCUUGGGCUUGGCAAUGCUGGUGGCUUUGAUAGAGUUCUGUUACAAGUCCAGGGCAGAAGCAAAGAGAAUGAAGCUGACCUUUUCCGAAGCCAUAAGAAACAAAGCCCGAUUAUCCAUCACUGGGAGCGUGGGAGAAAAUGGUCGCGUCUUGACGCCCGACUGCCCAAAGGCUGUACACACUGGAACUGCAAUUAGACAAAGUUCAGGAUUGGCUGUCAUUGCAUCGGACCUACCAUAAAAACCAAAAAAAUAAUUGAGUGCCUUAAUUAA